GCGGCGGGGAUCGGGGCCGCGGCCGCAGAGCUCGGCUGCGGGAGCGCGGGGUCCGCCCGGGACGUCGCGUCGCGGCCGACAUAAUGUCAAGCGGAAAUGAUCGGCGAUCAGAGGCUCUUAGCAAACCCGCGUUCAGUGAGGAACAAGCUUCUGCGCUAAUGGAGUCCGUGUUCGGGCUGAAAGUUUCCAAGGUCCGGCCACUUCCUAGCUAUGACGACCAGAACUUUCAUGUCUACGUCACAGAAACCAAAGACGGCCCCACCGAAUACGUCCUCAAAAUAAGCAACACCGAGACUAGCAGGAAUCCGGACCUGAUUGAAGUGCAGAAUCACAUCGUCAUGUUUCUGAAAGCAGCUGGAUUUCCAACAGCCUCCGUGUGUCGCACGAAAGGAGACAACACGACUUCCCUUGUGUCUGUAGAUAGUGGCUCUGAAAUCAAAAGCUACUUGGUGAGGCUGCUGACUUACCUCCCAGGAAGACCCAUCGCUGAGAUUCCCAUCAGCCCCCAGCUAUUGUAUGAAAUUGGAAAGCUAGCUGCCAACUUGGAUAAGACACUGGAGAAAUUCCAUCACCCAAAGCUAAGUAGUCUUCAUCGGGAGAACUUCAUCUGGAAUCUGAAAAAUGUUCCUCUUCUGGAGAAAUACCUGUAUGCCCUGGGCCAGAAUCGAAACCGAGAGAUCGUUGAGGAGGUCAUUCAACUGUUCAAGGAGGAAGUAAUGAGCAAAUUAAGUCAUUUUCGAGAAUGUAUCAAUCAUGGAGACCUCAAUGACCACAAUAUUUUAAUGGAGUCCCGCAAGUCAGCCUCUGGCGAUGCUGAGUAUCAGGUGUCUGGUAUUUUAGAUUUCGAUGACAUGAGCUACGGCUACUAUGUGUUUGAAGUGGCAAUCACCAUCAUGUACAUGAUGAUUGAAAGCAAGAGUUCUAUACAAGUGGGAGGUCACGUCCUUGCAGGGUUUGAAAGCGUCAUCCCACUGACAGCUGUAGAGAGGAGUGCCUUGUUUUUACUGGUCUGCAGUCGUUUUUGUCAGUCGCUUGUCAUGGCCGCAUACUCUUGCCAGCUAUACCCAGAGAACAAAGACUAUCUCAUGGUUACUGCAAAAACUGGCUGGAAACACUUACAGCGAAUGUUGGACAUGGGUCAGAAAGCUGUAGAAACAAUCUGGUUUGAAACUGCCAAAUCCUAUGAAUCUGGGAUCUGCAUGUGACUGAGAUCUCCACGUGACUAAAAGUUCCCUCUAAGUAGGGUAAUUAAAAUAGGACCAAAUCAAAUUUUAGGAAGGAUUUUGCUGCACAGUUAAAAAUCAGUUGAUGGAAUGGAUCAGUUCUGACUAAGGGCGCAUGAAACCCCUAAGAACUUCAAGCAAUCUCAUGAUGGUUUUU